ACAGUAAUGCUAACUUCUAGAAAUGAUGAAAUAGUAAGAAAUACGGUGUGCUGACGUGUGACUAAGAUUUUUGUAAGUCGUUUUUACAUUUCACUUGUGGUAGUCGGAUCCUUUGCGGUACUAACGGGAUCAAAAACGUCCAAUUAUCGGGGGAAAAUAUCAUUAGCGUUAGCCAAAGGACCACAGACCCAGGAAGGAAUACUGAACGUCUGACUGACCUGAAAGUUGUUUUGAGUAUGCGGAACCGGCCGAGGGGUACCCAGCUGGGCUUGCUGCUCCUGGCCUCCCAGCUGUUUCAGGUGGGUUUGGACAACAUCCCUCCUGUCACUCUGGCUGUCCUGGGACUCAACGUGUAUCUUUACCUGUUCCCCGCAGCUCCAAUGAUGAAGGCCUGUAUAAGUGUCCAAGAGGUAUACAUGUCGAGAGACUGGCGCCGUCUUCUGUUGUCCCCAUUCCACCAUUUGGAUGAUUGGCACCUCUACUUCAACAUGGCGUCCUUUCUCAUGAAAGGUAUCAGGCUGGAGCGGCGACUGGGUGGUGCCUGGUUCUUCUACCUGCUUUCAGUCUUCUCUCUGCUCACCGGGUUUGUCUAUCUGGUGUUGGAGGCUCUGCUGACAGAACUCACAGAUGACUCGUCCUACAGCAUGACAUGUGCUGUUGGCUUCUCAGGUGUCCUGUUUGGCCUGAAAGUGCUCAAUAACUAUUACUAUCCAGGGGGUGUGACCUAUGUGAUGGGUCUCCCUGUGUCCAAUCGCUAUGCCAGCUGGGUGGAGCUUGUGCUGAUCCACAUAACAUCACCAGGGACCUCUUUCAUUGGUCACCUGGCAGGUAUCCUGGUGGGUCUGCUCUACACUGCCGGUCCACUGAAGACCUUCAUGAAGACUUGUGCAGGGAUGGUGUCAUCGGAUCAAUAUUACUCCCAGCAAAGAGCAUACUACAGAUCCUCAGGCUACAGCGGCACUGCUGGAGGAUACCCAGGAUACCAACAGCAUACAACAUACCAGACAACAAAUCAGACAGCACCUUAUACAGAUGGAAUGACUGAGGAAGAGCAGUUAGAGAUGGCCAUCAGAAACAGUCUGAAUGAACCUGGACAAACCAACCAGAGAGGAGCUCCUCCACCGCCUGGUUUCCACCUCUCAGGGGACGCGAGAGCUGAGGAGAUCAGGUGGAGGAGACUGAGGAGGUUUGACAGCUGAGCUGCAGCAGUGGAGGGGAAGAAGAAGGUUUAGUUGACAAGACAGAAAAAGAAGUCACUGAUGAAGCCUGGACCAAACUCUGCUCCUACAGGCUGAGCUAGAGCGCCCUGAAUGAGAAGGUCUCCCCACAUAGUCUGACACAUUCAGCUCGGUGUCCUCUGUGUUAAUGUGCCCCUGAAUGUUACCAGAGAGUUUGUAGUAGCUAUGAACAGCUACUUGAAUAUGUAAUCAUUUGAGAGACCAGAAACCAAUGAGCAACUUAGAUUUGAAUAUUUUUUGAGACUGAAGUUGUCAUCCAAUUCCGGAAGAACAGGCAACAAAGUUGGGGGAUAAUAUUUAUCGUAGUUAUACCAACUUUCUUUUGUUACACAAUACUUCAAGUUGUGACAUGGGGAAAGAAAAGACAUUUGAAUAAAUGCCUUAAUUCUGAAUUAUAUAGUAUUUUCUAAGUAGAUUGAGCUGAUUGACCAAAGCAAAGUACAAAU